AUGGAAGACAAAGGGAAGAAAAUAAGCCUCGAUGGCAACCAGAAUAAGGCCUAUCUUACUGCACUAAAGCGAAUUCAUCGUCAAAAUAUAAGCAAGAGUGUGAUAUCAGCAGAGAUGAUACCUCCACGAGAGAGACAUCGCAAAAAGGAACAGAAAGAAGAAUCUUUUGUAUUGAACGAUGUGACUGGACAUUGGAGUGACAUACGUGAAGCGAAACGGGUAGCAGUCCUGGCUUCCCUGGUACCAGACGAAAUAAUCUAUAAGCAUUCGGACUACUCUAUCAGACGCUAUGAAACUGCGCUUAUGUUUAUUGAUGUUUCUGAACUCUUGCUGUACUGUACUGGCUAUCUGACUUACGUAAGAUGUCUUCAUAAAGGAUUCACGGAACUCUGUGAGACAUACACAAAGGCAGGACACGGAGGUCCAUCACGUCUUACUACAGUUUUGAACCUUUACAUCGGUGCGAUGGUGCAAGAGAUAUUGACACACAAGGGAGAUGUGUUGAAAUUUUCUGGCGAUGCGUUCCUUUGUAUGUGGAAGAAAUCCUCAAAGCUGAGUAUGCAGGACGUGGUCCAUACAGCGAUAGACUGUGGUCUUUUGAUUCAGCGAAAUUAUGGCCGGUAUUAUACUGACGUUGGUGUAACAUUGAAAGGUAUAGUUAAAAUAGCCAUAGCAGCUGGGUUAUGCCACUUCUCAAUCAUCGGUGGGCAAAACCACAGUCAGGCAGACUAUGUUAUCGUGGGCCAGCCAGUUUGGGACGUCAAGAUGGCGGAGUACAUGAGCACUGCUGGGGAUGUACUUACUUCAGCCAGCGCCUGGAUGUACGUUAAUGAAUCUGACUAUUGUACUCAACCAUGCGGAGAUGGACGGCAUACUAAGGCAAGGAAUACAUAA